GAUAAUAGAGUAAAUAUCUAAUUCUCUUUCUUAUCUUGGUGAUGCCGGCAUGCCGGGUUAUGACUUGAAGAUUAUUGGUGAGUACCCCCGGAUAGAGUCCCUCCAGUGCUCCUCAUGUGAACUGAUAUUAAAAGAUGCUAUACAAACUUUGGAAGAAGGUUUAAGGUUUUGUAAGAGCUGCUGGGAAGAAUCAAUUUCCUCUUUAAAAGCUCAAAAAUUGGGGAUUGAUCCAACUGGAUCUACACUUCCUGAUAAAGCUGUUAGACGAGAGAUAGAUAGGCUCCCAGUUUUAUGUGAGAACUAUGAGAAUGGCUGUGAUUGGACUGGAAAGCUUAGGGAUCAUGAGCAUGAUCAUAAACCUAUCUGCCAGUAUAAAACCCAGAAGUGUACUCUUGGCUGUGGUAAGAAAAUUCUUCUUAGAAAGUUGAGAAAACACGAACAAGAUGAGUGUCCAUUUCGAAUUACUGAGAGACAUGCUCUAGGCUAUGAUACUAUAAAGAAGUGGUUUAAUGAUAAAGAAGAAGGUUGGAUUGAUUUGACCCUUACUCGUGUGCACAUGGUUGGGCCUGCUGGAUCUGGUAAAACAUGUGCACAAAACCUUCUACUUAAUGAGCCGCCACCACAACAUUUAGAAUCUAUUCCUUGUCUCACCUUAUCCGACCUCAUUAAUCAUCGCACCUCCUCUGACAUCUCACCAUCUUCUGACGUCUCACUAUCUUUUGACAUCUCACUAUCUUCUGACAUCUCACUACCUUCUGAUAUCUCACCAUCUCCUGACCCUUGUACGUCUUCUGACACUUCAACCACUAGUAUACCACCUUCAGGCCAUGUCGAUACACAUACCUCUUUUGAUUCUAUAGCUCCCGGUGUACAACGCAACACUGCAGCCUCCUUCUUCUCUAAGUCUAUCACUAACAGUACACCAAUAGCUUGUAAAGCUGUCAAAGCUAUAAGAAUAGCUUCUGAUGAUAAUGAAACAUGGAAGAGAAUUACUAGAGCUGAUUUGCUAGAGAGAUUAUCAUCUAGUUUAAAAAAAGCUGCAGCUAAGUUUUCUCAGCAAAAGCAAGUUACAUGUAUUUCUCCACCUCCAUCUUCAACUGAGUCAGGGUCAGGGACAAAUGUUUCAAAUAAACAAGUUUCAAAUGAAAAAGUUUCUAAUGAAGAAGCUUCAAAUGAAGAAGUUUUAGAAGAAGUUACACCAGAAGCCCCAGAGCCUAUUGAUCAUGGAGUUGUAGUUAAGGAAAUAGUUGAAUACAUUUCUGUAGCAAAAGCUCAGUUAAGUGAGAAGUGGGCAUACAUUACUGAUUCUGGUGGUCAACCAGCAUUUCAAGAGCUGUUACCAGUGUUUACUAGAGCAGCUUCGCUCAAUAUCAUCACAUUAGACCUUUCUAAAGGUAUCGAUGAGGAGUUUGAGUACACGUAUCGAAUUAAUGGACAAGAAUUUAAAUGCGACGAGAAAAUGAAAUAUUCAAAUCGCGAACUUUUCAAUUCCAUUGUUUCAGCAGCAUCAGUUCAGAAAACAUUGAAUAUUCCAUAUGUGACCAAACCCGUCAUUCAAUCUAUGUCUUUUGUUCUUGGUACUCAUUAUGAUGUGGUAAUUAGAAAUAGCAACAAUGAUGAAAAAGAAGCAAAGGAAAAGAUAAAGAAGAUGAGUGAUGAAUUGAUGUCUCAACAGGAUUCUCAUUCUAAAGGGUAUAUCAUUCAAGAUAUACACGAAGAUUCUGUCAUAUUUCCAGUUAAUACAUUGGUGAGCAAUGCAGAUGAGAGAAAGACAAUCAGCCAGAAAUUAUUUAAAAAGAUAUCUGGCUGUAAUGAGACUUCUCUUACUGUGAAACUCCCAAUUCGGUUGUUUGUGUUUGAACUUUGCUUAGAGGAAAAAUCUAAAGCUAAAGGUGGUUUUGUUACAAAAGAAGAAGCUGUUGAAGAAGGAGCCAGACUUCACAUGAACCACGAUCUUGUUGAAGCUGCUCUAGUCUACUUUCACAAUUGCACCAUUAUUCUGUACUACCCUAAUAUUAUACCUCAAUUAGUGUUUGUUGACCCACAGAGAAUUCUCGACGUUCUUUCACAAUUAUUGGCUCUCACAUAUUUCGACAAGGACACUGCACAAUCUUUUGUACCGGAAAUAAUUCAGGAAGAAAUGACCACGUUGAAAGAUAGAGGUUGCUUCACGGAAGAUCUUCUUGAAAAGUUUACCGCUAAUGCAGUAUUCACUGGUAAAUUCCAGCCAAAGUACUUUAUCAAUUUGCUUAAAAAUUGUCACAUUAUUGCUGAAUUACAGAAAGACAUAAGCCAAGCUGGAGAUAUUGAGUAUUUUCUUCCUUCUGCUUUACCUUCAUAUAAUGGUACCUUUGAAAAGAGUCCGACAGAUAGAAAACCUCUACUUUAUGUAUGGAGAAAGCAGAAAGAACGUAUUGCUGCAAAAAAAUUUGUCAAUGUACCUCAAGGAAUCUUCCCUCUGAUGAUUGUCCGGUUACUCAAUCAAGAAGAUUACGUUGUUCAGCUAUCUAAUCCUGCCUCUCAUAAGGUCACACAGUUUAGAGAUGCAGUGUCAUUGCUGGUCUCUUGUGACAAAAAUGACACUGACCCACAUGAACGUUUGUACAUCAUCAAUCGUAAGAAGCAUAUCGAAGUUAUUUUUACCGGGAAAAAGGAGCGUUGUCCAAAAAUUAAUGCAUUAGUUCAUAAAGUCAUCAAUGAAAGUGCAAACGACAUCAAUAUUUCAGUGGAAGACCUAAACAUAGCUUUUGCUUGCCAACGUGAAGCCACAAAAUACUGUGUUGUCAAAAAUGAAGCAGAUCGAGAAAUCGCUUGCUAUGAAUGUUUUCACACUUGUACUCUUGAUGACAGCUAUUGGUGUUGGUUUAAUACAUCAGGUUCUGCACAACAGCAUAUAUCUGACACAGAAGGUUCUGGUUCUUCACGGUGUAAACCUAGACCAGUUGAUGAGAAAAUUGAUGGCAAAUGCAAGGAGCUUUCUAUGAAAACAGUCACAAAGAUUUUUGCUCCUUUUGCUCACCAUUACAAGCUAAUAGGGAUUGGAUUGGGUGUAACAGUGAAUGAUCUGAAAUCAACAGAAGAAACAAUCGAUAAUCUUAUUAAAGUAUUCGAGAGGUGGUUUGAUGCCAAUAAACGUAUCAGUUGGGAUACUCUAAAAGAACUCUGUGAAGACUAUCCUAAACAGCUGGGCAAAGCAAAGGAUAAUCUAUAUAAAGAACUUGGUAUCCAGUUUUGAAUAUUUAUUGGCUUUUAAAUGGGCUUUUAGUUAUUAUUGAAUUUUUAUUGUUUUUAAUUUUUUGUAUAUGUAUGUGUCGUGUCUAAAUCAAUUUCUGAUCUUUAAUGCAAAAAUAGUAGCCCCCACCUAUUGAUUAAUUGAUUGGGUGUGGCUCAAUUUUAAUGAGUA